CCGGGUGCCAUGGAGACGGCGCGGCGCCAGCCCCCUCCUUCCCUCCGGCCCGGGAGGCGCUGGGCGGGCGGCAGAGUCCGGCGGACCGAGGCGCUGUGAGGGCGCUGCACCCCGGACCCCAGGGAGUGAGCGCCCCCUGCCCGACUGCGAGCGACGGGUGAAGCGGGGACGAGGGUAGCCCACCCAGACCCCAGACCCUUCCUGGGCCCCAACCCACCCGCUGGAAGGUGCCCGCAUCCCUUGGAGAGUGUCCCGGAGCAGACAGUAUGGAGGAACUCUCCGAGCCUCCCAACGGCAGCUGGCCCCCGAGUCAGAAUGGGAGUGAAGCCGAGACCAGCCCGGCUGCCAGCCUCACCUUCUCCUCCUACUACCAGCACUCCUCUCCAGUGGCGGCCAUGUUCAUCGCGGCCUAUGCGCUCAUCUUCCUCCUCUGCAUGGUGGGCAACGCUCUGGUCUGCUUCAUCGUGCUCAAGAACCGGCACAUGCGCACUGUCACCAACAUGUUUAUCCUCAACCUGGCCGUCAGCGACCUGCUGGUGGGCAUCUUCUGCAUGCCUACAACCCUUGUGGACAAUCUUAUCACUGGUUGGCCUUUUGACAAUGCCACAUGCAAGAUGAGCGGCUUGGUGCAGGGCAUGUCUGUAUCUGCGUCGGUUUUCACGCUGGUGGCCAUUGCUGUGGAAAGGUUCCGCUGUAUCGUGCACCCUUUCCGCGAGAAGCUGACCCUCCGGAAGGCGCUGCUCACGAUUGCGGUGAUCUGGGCGCUGGCCCUGCUCAUCAUGUGUCCCUCGGCGGUCACUCUGACCGUCACGCGAGAGGAGCAUCACUUCAUGCUGGACGCACGCAACCGUUCCUACCCGCUCUACUCGUGCUGGGAGGCCUGGCCGGAGAAGGGCAUGCGCAAGGUCUACACCGCCGUGCUCUUUGCGCACAUCUACCUGGCGCCACUGGCGCUCAUCGUGGUGAUGUACGCGCGCAUCGCGCGCAAGCUGUGCCAGGCCCCGGGUCCAGCGCAGGACGCGGAGGAGGCGGUGGCCGAGGGUGGCCGCGCGUCGCGCCGCAGGGCCCGCGUGGUGCACAUGCUGGUCAUGGUGGCGCUCUUCUUCACCUUGUCCUGGCUGCCACUCUGGGUGCUGCUGCUGCUCAUCGACUACGGGGAGCUGAGCGAGCUGCAGCUGCACUUGCUGUCCGUCUACGCCUUCCCGUUGGCACACUGGCUGGCCUUCUUCCACAGCAGCGCCAACCCCAUCAUCUACGGCUACUUCAACGAGAACUUCCGCCGCGGCUUCCAGGCUGCCUUCCGGGCACAGCUCUGCUGGCCUCCCUGGGCCGCCCACAAGCAAGCCUACUCAGAGCGUCCGGGCCGCCUCCUGCGCAGGAGGGUGGUGGUGGACGUACAACCCAGCGACUCCGGCGGCGUGCCAUCGGAAUCUGGCCCCAGCAGCGGGGUCCCAGGGCCUGGCCGGCUGCCAUUGCGCAAUGGGCGUGUGGCCCACCAGGAUGGCCCUAGGGAAGGGCCUGGCUGCAACCACAUGCCCCUCACCAUCCCAGCCUGGAACAUUUGAGCUGCUCUGGAAUGGGGAGGUCCAGUAGGCCUGUGGCCCUGAUCCUUAACUAUGAUGCCUGGGCACAAUAGCAGUAUUAGAAGAGGGUGCCAAGAUGCUUGCUGCCUUGAUAAAAACCAAACCAAAACAAAA